UUCGGUGUAAAAACGGCUGGUGUGAAGAGACUAUAGAAGGAUAUGAAUGUCACUGCUCACCUGGAUUCCAAGGACAACAUUGCGAUGAAGUAGCUACGUCAACAACACGUCACAUCGGUGCAGACACAACCCCUCCUAAUGUUACAUGCAUUGAUGACGUACACCAAACAAUCGAGCUUGGUAUUGAGAAUGUGCCAGUCAUAUUUACCCAGCCAUCUGCAACUGAUAUGUCGGGCAGUGCCACGUUGGUCUCCAGAAACUACAGCCCGGGUGACGAAUUUCCAGUAGGGUCAACAAUCGUCAAAUAUGUAUUCUCUGACGAGAGCGGGAAUCAGGCAUCUUGCAUCUUUACCGUGAUCAUCAGCACAAAUGACACGACCCCUCCUGAUAUUACAUGUGUUGACGAUAUCUUUGAGACGAUCGGGCUUGGAACUCGAGGCGUGCGUGUUCACUUCACCCAACCAUCAGCUACUGAUAUAUCGGGCAAUGCUACCUUAAUCUUCAAGAACUAUGACCCGGGUGAUGAAUUUCCGGUUGGGUCAACCGGGGUCACGUACGUCUUCGUAGAUGGGAGCGGAAAUCAAGCAACUUGCAACUUUACUGUGGCAAUCGACACAGAAAUCUCCAAUAGUUCCUUGGGAUUGGAGAAUGGAAACAUCCCCGAUUCCAGUCUGACAGCCUCGAGUUUCUGGGGAAACAAUUCGCCAUGUUCACCAAAGAUGGCGCGCUUACACAUCAAACGAAUUGAUGGAACAUCGGUAUGCGGAUCUUGGUCUUCAGGUGUUGUCGAUAGCAAUCAAUGGAUUCAGGUCGAUCUGUUAACCCUGUACCGUAUUCAUGGAGUGGCGACACAGGGACGUGAAGAUUGGACCCAAUGGGUAACCAGUUAUAAGAUCAACUGCAGUAAGGAUGGUUUGAUAUUCGAUACAGUAAAGGAAUUCACGACCAAGACCACCAACCAAUUAACUGACAAGGUCUUUGUUGGUAAUUAUGACCACAGCACUGUUGUAUACAAUGCCUUUCCAGAACCCAUAGUGUGUCGCUACGUCCGACUUCUCCCGAUGUCGUGGUAUCACCACAUUUCUCUUCGGAUGGAGUUAUAUGGAGAUUCUCCUGUUCAAGACCCUGAGUGGCAUUGCAUUUCGCGCAAGUGUUAUCGCCUUGAUACCGGUGAGAAGUCUUGGAAAGACGCUCGAAACUAUUGCCACAGUCUUUCAGCAGUCAUUACCAUAACGGGCCCCAAGGAACCGUCUCUUCUGUUUGCAGACACCACUGAAAAAUUGCCACCCCUUCUCGCACCCAUUUUCAUCGAUAAAUUCUCAAUUUGGAUCAACUGUAACGACAAACAAGAAGAAGGAAAUUUCACUUGUGAUAUCGACGGUCAAGGGACGAAGGAAGGCAAGCAAAGUUGGGCUCCAGGUGAGCCUAAUGGAGAUCCUGAUCAAAUUACAGGCAAAGAUGAGGACUGUGCAGCUGUUUCUAUCAACCCUCAAGAUUGGGUUGUUAGAGGCUGGUACGAUAUCAUAUGCUCUACUUUAUACAGCAAUACAAUAUGCCAAAUACGGUUGUAUUAAAGGUUCGAAGCAUGGAGAACGCAAAGGGAAAAGACUAUUCACCUAUACCGUUUUCACACUGACCUAAAACAGUACACCGCUAAAAGAGUCCCGAGACUGAAACGGUGUUGCCUUCAGUGUACAUGCUCGAACCCACUGUAAACUACGCCAGGAUAACCUCACCUCGCUAUAUCCUCACAACAACUUUUGCUCUCAAACCAUGGUAACAGUUCCUCCACUGUCCCGAUUUGACCUUCUCAAGGCACAUCGCUACAACACCGAGAUAAACGGAUCGUGAUUAUUAACUUUACCACUUAAUUGUACCCACAAUGGGGCGUAUAAAAAUGAAAUGGA